AUGGGUAACACAGUCGGCGCACCGGUUCCAGGACUUGAUCCAGAGAGAAGAGAGGAGGGUGAUAGGCCAAGAAACCAGGCGCCAGAGAUCCACGACAUACCACUGCGCAACCUACGACCAGUGAACAGAGGGGCCGUGCGAGUUCCUCGUUGCCUACAUUACACGAGACAAGUCUGCAGCCGAGGAAAUCGCUAUCCCUUUCUACACGAAGGCGAUGAUCCUCAGCAUCAAGCACCGCGGCCUCGUCCAAAUUUACAGCAGCCUGACUUGGGCUGUCCUAUAGAAGAGAAUAAUGUGCAAAUACAAAGAGAUGAUCAGUUCAAUGGCAGCGAUACGUAUGAGCUUGGUGGCGCUUGGGUGAAAUUUGACAGCGGUGCAACAGUAUCUAAAGUGUCUCUUCCCUCCGACUACAAAUAUUCGACCAUCAACAUGGAAAAUAUGCCAGCAAAUAUUUCCAGAUUAUCUGUCAUUAAAUUGCUAGCCGCCGCGGUAACACCCACUCCGGUGGUCGAGUUACGUCUCUUCUCGCACUGGGAGCAAAAGACUUGCAGCGCAUUAAUCAGAUCCAACGAUGCUUCAUUUAUCGAGACAACUUGCAGCAAGCUAAACUCACUCGCUCCUUUUCCAAAGUUCAAGGCUUCCAUCAUGCCUAUCAAAUUUCCAGUCAGCCAAAGCCUGUGUCAAGUUGAUUGUCGGAAAGUUCACUGUGCCUGGAAUCGACCAACCCGAGAAGCAAAUCUAAUCUUUGGAGACAAGACAACUGCCCUCAUCGCGCAUAAGAUCCUAAACGCAAGAGGAUGCAAUGUCCUUGCAUCCAAAAUUAGUAUAUCUCAUACGGAUAGUCAGAAAGACCAAAGGAAAUGGAUAAUAAAGCUUGAGGGGUUGAGCGAGGCGACGAAAGAACAAGACAUCAUCAAGGCUAUUCCAAAGUUUGAUAGGCCUCAUACUGUCCAUCUCGGAGAACUGAGCUAUGUCUCUGAUCCAGGUCGCGACUCGGAUACUGUCAAAUCCAUGCUGCUAGCACUUGGCCCUCUGGAACAGUGGAGUGUAUCUUCUGAUACCAAUGGCAAGCGCUUCAACGCAUAUGCCACUUUUCUCCACGAAUCAUCCGCAAGAGACGCCGUAACCGUCCUAAAAGACCAAUCGAUGUUGUUUAACGAGACGGCAAAGGUCUCGGUGGCACUUGUUGCAUCUGCCAGCUUCACAAUACAAGUUAAGAUUUACGAUAUCUUAAGUCCACGAAUCGAUAAACACAAAACAGUCUGGACGCGGCAGCAUAUUAGCGUUUCCAUAAUUCCGUCCAAGUACCAAUUUCGCAUGUUGACAUUGGAAAGCGAAGACCACCAAUUACUGGUGCAAGCUAAAACAGCGCUGGAGAAAGUAGUUAGCGGACAGAUUGUUAGAGUGGAUGGAAAAGAUCUUCGAUUCGGAAACUUUCAACGAUACGGCACAGGACUUCAACAGAUCAAGUUGAUAGAGGACUCGUUCAAAGUAGUCAUCAUCCCUGAUAUACGCAGAUCUCAGUUCCGAAUUUUCGGUCAGGAAGAAUGUCCACGGUCAACGUUGGAAGAGAUUACGACAAUGUUGCAGGACUGCACGCCUAAGGGCCAUGCUAUUGAGCUCAAUGACGCUGAUUUCCUCUGGGCAUCAAAGAGCGGCUUUAGGCUUCUACAAUCGCGGCUGGGUGAAGAAAAAGUGUCUUUCCGUAUCUUUACGCCAAGAAACAAACGCAUUUUCAUCAGAGGAUCAAAGAAAGACUAUAAUAUUGCCAUUGCAAUCAUCGCCAGCAAGCAGACCAUGUCUGCCAACAAGGGCUCCAGCUCUGAGAUUGAAUGUCCGUCCUGCUUGUGCGAAGCCCUAGACCCGAUCCGCAUGUCUUGCGGGCACAUCUAUUGCAGCGACUGUUUGAUCCAAAUGUGUGAGGCGGAAAAGACGGCGACGAGGGAGUUUCGUAUAUGUUGCGUGAAAGCCAUUAAUGCCAGUGGAACAGAAUGCCAAAGGUCAUUUUCACUUUCGGAACUCCAAGAGCAUCUUCCGGCUGAGGCGUUUGAGGCCGUCCUUGAGAAGUCUUUCGAGUCCUAUGUCAGUCGCCAUCUUGGUGAUUUUGCAUACUGCCAAACGCCCGACUGCGACCAAGUCUAUCGAAUUUCGCCUCCUGAUGCUGGGCGCCCCAGAAUAUUUACAUGCAAGAAAUGUCUGGUGUCCGUUUGCACAUAUUGCCACAACUCUCAUCCUAGAAAGCCGUGUGACAAGGCCAAAACAGUCGCCAAAACCAUUCUUAGCGGAAUUCAUAUGAACGAUGUGCAUGGUGGAAUCUGGGAUCCUUAA